CCUUUGCACAAAAAAGUCAGUUAAAUAUUCAUGUGCUUAACCACAGUAAAGAGAAACUACAUGCAUGCGUUGUAUGUGAUUCAUCAUUUAAACAGAAAAGUAGGUUAAAAUUUCAUAUGCGUAUCCACACUGGAGAGAAACCGUAUGCUUGUGAUCUGUGCAAUGUAUCAUUUGCACAAAAAAGACAGUUAAAUGUUCAUAUGCUUAACCACACUGAAGAGGAACAACAUGAAUGUGUUGUAUGUAAUGCAUCAUUUAAACAGAAAAGUAGGUUAAGGAUUCAUAUGCGUAUCCACACUGGAGAGAAACUGUAUGCAUGUGGUCUGUGCAAUGUAUCAUUUGCACAAAAAAGUCAGUUAAAUGUUCAUAUGCUCAACCACAAAGAGAAACUACAUGUAUGUGUUGUAUGUACUGCAUCUUUUAAACAGAUAGGUGGCUUAAAGCUUCAUAUGCGUAUCCACACUGGAGAGAAACCAUACACUUGUGAUUUAUGUACAAAAUCCUUUACAUGCAAUGGUCAAUUAAAGUUGCAUAUGCUUACUCACACUGGAGAGAAAUCACAUGCAUGUAAUGUAUGUAGCAUGUCCUUUGCAUCUAAAACUCAGCUUAGCACACAUAUGUAUGUCCAUACUGGAGAAAAACCUCAUAAAUGUGAUAUAUGUAAUGCACAGUUUGCACUGAAAAAGUAUUUAAUGGGUCAUAUGCGUAUCCACACAGGUGAGAAACCAUAUGAAUGUGAUGUAUGUAGAAAAACAUUUGCAAAUUCUACUGGGCUAAGACAUCAUAAGCUAUCUCACACAGGGAGAAAAAAAUCACAUCCAUGUAAUAUUUGUAACAAGUCAUUUGGGUCUAACCAUUAUUUAAAACUCCAUAUGCGUAUUCACACUGGUGAGAAACCAUAUGCUUGUGAUACAUGUUCCAAGCCAUUUUCAUUAAAAGAUAAUCUUAAGAGACAUAUGCUUAUCCAUGCUACUGAGAAGCCACAUGUGUGUGAUACAUGUAACAAAUCAUUUGCAAGCAAAUAUCAACUAAACACUCAUAUACUUGUUCAUAGUAAGCAGAAACCAUAUGCAUGUGCAAUAUGCAGCAAGUCAUUUACAUUCAAACAAUAUUUGAAUGUUCACAUGAUUUCUCAUACAGGGGAAAAAAACUAUAAAUGUGAGAUAUGUAGCAAGUUGUUUGGACACAGAGCAGCCUUGAGAACACAUAUGCUUGUCCAUACCGGUGUAAAGGCUCAUGAAUGUGAUAUUUGUAAUAAGAGAUUUACCCUUAAUGCUCAUUUAGUGAGACACAGGCGUGUUCAUACUGGUGAGAAACCAUAUGUAUGUGUUGUAUGCAGCAAGUCAUUCGCAGAUAAACCUCAUUUAAAGGAACAUUUGAUCUGCCAUACUGGAGAAAAGCCACAUGUGUGUGAUAUAUGUAGUAAGUCAUUUGUAAUUAAAACUGCUUUAAAGAGGCAUAUGCUCGUCCACACAGAUAAGAAAUCUUGUCCUUAAUCAACUUGUAUUAAGCUUUCUGUCAAAUUAUUUCAUCUGAGCCAAAAUCGCUUUGUCCAGUAAUAGAGCUAUUUUUCAUGUAAGCCCUGAUGAUUUUCCCUUCACGUGUAAGAAAUUUAACCUUCUGAAUGGGGAAUCAUCUUCUUCAUGAAUAGAUUUAAAAAGCAGUGAAUGGUACCACUUUUUGAAUCAAUUCAUGAAGACUUGUAUUUAAAAUGCAUUUACUAGCUAAAUUUGUAUAAUUAUGUAUUUUAGUCUCCGUUUUCAUAAACUUACAUUCAAAGAUGACAUAUAUAUCAUUAAAAAAGGAAAAUAUUUUAAAUAGUAAGUUAAUACAUACCAAGUGGCAGAAAAUUUAAUGAUCUAAUGUUACAGCAUUAUGAAAUAUUGUUCAUAAAUUUCUGAAACAUUAAAACAAGCAAAUAAUAUUAAAAUAAACAAUAAGGUCAAUUCUUACUUAGGUCAACAAUGUAAAAUUGUAUUUUAGUUACUUUUUAUUUAACAUUUUUUUGUUUCUAAUGUAUGAAGCUGAUGGUGGUCUAUACUUUCUCAUUCUAUCCAUCUCUUGUAAUGCUUCGAUAUUGCAAGGAACCUUUUCAGCGAGUUUCGAGCAGUCCAGUUCUUUUAAUCGUCUAAUUCGGUCUAAUUGUCACUUGUGUUGCAGUUUCUUUUCGCAUUCUCUUUUUGUGAAGCAAGGGACAUUUUAAAGCGUUAUAUUUUAAACAUAUAUUAUAAUCAUGUUAACAUAGAAAUAUGGGGAGAAUCUUUGCUACAUAAUAGGACAUUACAUCCGCUUAAUCCAACUCUAUGAAACUAUAAUUCUUUGUACACUUUAAAACUCUUUAGAACUCUGUCUUGCUGUUUCCACUUAUUUUUGAUAAAUAUUACAAUCCCAUUUAUCACACUCAUGUACUAUUAUUUAUAAAUUGUUAUAAAAUUAAUUUUUACAACUUCUGACCUUCACAAGUGAGAGUUCCUAAUAAACGGUAAUUAUUUGUAAGUCUCUUGUCUGUUUUUCAGAUCUGCAUGCUGUUCAGGGCUUCUGCCCUUUUUAGUAAUGUUAGGGUAAUGUAGAUCCUUUUUUUAGUUAUGCAGAUCAUUAACUAAGUCGGAGAAAUAUCCUGUGAAUUCAGUUCUGAUUACGCAUUAUUUUGUGUGAGGGAAAUAAGAGAUCAUGAGAUAUGUCA